UGGAGAAAGUUGAGUAAAACUAUUUGGUCCUGCAUAUUGCUAUGGUUAACAGUCUGUGAUUGAGAUUGUUGAUUUUUGCUUUUCAGGCUUCCCGUAACUGAAACUCUCAUCACUGAUUUUGCUAUCGACAACAAACCAUGUUCGGCGUACUGUUUGCUGCGAUCGGCGUCUGGGUCUCCUACUUGUAUCCCUUGGCGGAAUCGUUCAAACUGUUGACCAACGUGGACCAGUCACGACAGUCCAUUGUUUUGCCGCCUCAGAGCCAGUUCCAAAGAUGGUUUGUGUAUUGGCUUGUUCUCGCUGUUUGCACGCUGGUUAUCUCCAACAAGCUAGUGCGCACUGUGCUUAGUUUCGUUCCCUUCAGCUCGCUGGUUACCCUGUAUCUGCGGAUCUGGCUGGUUUUUCCGCUGGUUUCCGUGGACUCUUCGGGCACCAGCGUCACAGGCUCGUAUAUUCUCUACCACCACUAUCUCAAGAACUGGCUGGUUGUGCUGAACCAUUAUGUUGGCGACCUCAAGACCACCGAUGUGGCCACCUACGGCGCCGGCUUCUACAACAGGAUCAUUGACCAAUACGUGCCCAAUUACCAGUUCCUCAAGCUUAAUGUGGCGUCCAAACAGGAUAAGUCUACCGUCGAGGUGGUGAACGAGCUGUGGCAGUCGUCUGGCUGGAGAGAUUCAUCCACCGGCCAGACUGUGAUGGACUACUAUCCUCAGCUACUGUUCUCAUCGCUGAUUUCGCCGAUCAAGAGUAUGGUGUUGAAUGAGCACAAAGACGUGCGGGAUGAGUACGACGUGGUCAAUAAAGACGAGUUACACAGCGCUAACGCAAGCACCACGAGUCUGCCGCGGCUCCAGAAUCGCAGCUCGUCGGGAUCGCUGCGCAAGGUGACUCCGUCGGGCACGGACGCCCAAAAUAGACGCGCGUCGUGGGGAUUUGGCUGGAAAUCCAGAAACAGCUCUGCUACUUUUGCGAAUGAAUAGUUACGACUCUGAUUUCAAGCUUUUUAUUAUGUUGGAUUUAUAUGUACAGGAUUAUAGCUGGAUAUGUUGGGAAAUGAAUUCUUCUGUUCUGAGCCGUUUGUCCUGGUGCAUGGCCUUGUCUUUGAGAUUUCUCAUCUGUCUCUCGACGAUUUUCGGGACAAAGUUCAUCGGCUGCGGAUGUCUGUCUAUGAUUCCCUCGAAUGCCUUCGAAGGUUUCAGCUUGUCCGAUCCGACAGCCUCUAGCUUGUCCUCUCUGUAUGCGUCUCUCUGCUCGAUGAAUUCUGCCUGGUUUUUGAAGAACUCUGUCUCUUCCGGCCACACAAAUGGGUCGAUCAUAUCCACGGUCAUUUUCUUCUUUUGCGCGACCCUGUGUCUAGAACUGAACCCUGGACCAAUCGGAUACUCCCAUUUUGCGGGCGUCAGAGCAACAGUCACGUUCAGCACACGCAGGCCGUAUAAAUGGUACAAAUAGUCUCUUAGGUCCAGCUUGUUGAAAGACUUAGGCACCAGAAAUUUGGCCUGGUAUGGCGUCUGUUUGGCGUUAGGUCGUAAUAAUGUAAUCCUUGCUGAUGGAAAGUACAGUUUCUUGGCACCCACAGUGAAAUGCGGCUCGUCGUUCUCGAUCGCUUCCUUUACCAAUUGGACGAUUCUUUUGGAUUUCUUUGCACGCUCCUCUCUCGGAAUGGUCGGCUUUUUCUUCUGAGCAAAAGGACGCAGACGGCCCAUGAUUAUGGUCCGCUGCGGCUGGACGAUAGUGCGCUCGAAAAGCCCGCUGCUGACCGUUUUGAAUC